CGCCCCAUCCUCUGACUUCACCCAAUCACAGCUCCCCGUGCCCACCACGCCCCCUCACUGCGGCGCUCCCCAUUGGUCGGUUUGAAAGCGGCGGCGGCCGCUGAGCGCGGGGCGGCGGUUGUGGCGGAGGUUGGGGGGGUUGAGAUGAUGGCGGCACAAGAAGAGCGGAGAAGAAAGCUGCAGGAGUACCUGGAGGCCAGGAGGAAGCCGAAAUGCACCAGCACCAAGGCCUGUUUAAAGGACCAGACUAAUCACCUGGAUCCACUUUUAAAAGCAGUUUCUGAACCAGAACAUCUUGGCAGGAACAAGGGCAUCGUCCAACACGUAGCAAAGGGCACCUGGAAGGAUGGCAAACUUGCAGCCAAACCUGCACAGCCAGCUGGGUGUGCUACGCUGCGGCAGCAUCCACGUGCGUCUCAGAGAGUAGGAGUGGUACGGCCACGGCAGCUGGGGAAGGGCACAGAGCUGCCUGCAGGGCUCGUUCCGAGCACAAACCCCCCUGCACAGCCCAGAGGGAAGGUCCCACCUUCUGCCUCUUGUCACCUAAACCCUGGAGGGCCGGAGGAGGCUGGAAGUGGGCAGUCUGUGCCCGGGGCACCUUGCUCCCUGGAUGAGAGCCGGCAGCGAUGGCUUGGCUCCGACAAAGAGAACUUACCAGCACGAGCAGCUACAAACCCCGUGCCCAGCAACACUAUUCAGUCUAAUGGGAACAGUGUGGGGAUCGAGAGAGCCUUGGCUCGUGGGCAGAGCUCAGGCGCUGUGUCAAGGACUGUCAAGGGCCCAAAGGACAGAAUUAAUGGCUGCCACACUAAGGAAAUGCUGAAUCAGGACAAAUCCAGGAAUCCCCUGCCAGGCUCAAAGGGCGCAUCCCAAAAACCCAGCGGCACAACUCGGCCAUUGCAGCCCCCUCAGUUACUUGCUAAUUCCACACAUUUGCUACAUAAAAAGCCAGCUGUAAAACAGGAGAAAAACAAUGCAGCAAGGGAACCUGUGGGGAAGCUCGGCACGUCUCGGAUGGGAACUCUUAAGCACUCCAACACAGCUCCUGCAAAGCCCCCAGCCUCCAGCCGGCCCCAGGGCACCACAAAUGGACCCACCAGGACACCCGGCCUGACGCUGUGCACCACGGUGCAGCAGCAAAGACCCACAGUGAGGGGGGGAGCAGACAGGAAGGACGUGAAGGCAGCACCUUCAGGACACACAGCAACAUCCCGAGUGGGAGCCCCCCAGAAACAGCCUCUUCCCAGCACCAACAGCUCCAGAAAUCCAGGAAAUCAGGGUGGAUUUGGGAGCAGGAGGGAGGUGCAUAAAGCAGAGCUGCCGCAGAAGCAUGGAGUGCAUGCUGGCCGUGUCCCCAAGACCCCAACACCGGAGGAUCGUAGGAGGCAGCUGGAGCAGUGGUUGGCCUCCAAAGGCAAGUGCUACAAGCGGCCGCCCAUGGGGCUGCCCCCAAAAAAGCCAAUGAAACAGAAGGAGAAGCCGCCCCAGGGGAGCACUGCGCAGGAGGAGCAAAAGCCAGAGGAGCUGGAGCAGCUCCACCUGGCCAGGAUCAAUGCGCUGCUGAGCGAGUGCCUGAAGCUCAUCGAGGAGGGAGCCCCAUCAGAGGAGAUCUCAGCAAUGCUGUGCCGUGAGCCCAGUGCAGAGAAAUGUGCCAAGUUCUGGAUGUGCAAAGCCAAGCUGCUCGCCCGCAGCAGCCCUUUGGACGUGAUGGGGCUGUACGAAGCAGCGGUCUGUGCUGGUGCUGAGCCCCUCCAGGAGCUCAGAGUUGUUGUCCUCGAUAUUUUGAAGACUGCAGAGCAGCCAUCAGAAGGGGAAAAUCCUGAGCAUUGCCUUCAAUGGGAGCCCACCACUCCUUGCCCAGGCAAGAGGCAGCACAUGGCCAUGACUCCAUGCCAAACAGAGAGCGCCCUGAGCAGCCUGCCCACCUCCGCCAUCAAGCUACAAGUGAAGUCUGUGCCCAGGGUGAGGCAGGUGCCAGAAGGACAAGAGCUGAAAUUCCUGACGCCGGUGCGGCGCUCAACGCGCAUUGAGAAGGCUGGGAGCCGCUACCCUGGGAUGCUCAAGGACCACGACCCCGUGGUGUCGUCCCUCAGCGAGAUCCUGGAUAAUGACAAGGAGACCCAGUUCUUAUUCCGCAAGAAUAAAGCUCUGUCACAGGUGGCAAAGGCGGAUGUUUUGAAUAUGUAGCCCCAGAUGUUGCUGAGGGAUUCUGAGGGCUGCCUUGCCCUGCCAUUGACUGCUGCCGCCUCUCAGAUGUAACUCUGCAGGGGUGGCCUCUUUAAGCCUUUUUCACUGUUUUUAAGUGUUUAAAGCCUUACAGUGUGAGCUGAGCAAGGUCUGGGAUUGGAGAUAUGGGCUCUGUGCUGUCGGGUCAGCUCCAUCACCCCAAAGCACACCCUGCUUUUUGUGCUGGCCAAUGGCUCUGGUCGCUGCAGCCCUUUGGGUGCCUCGCAGGGUUUGGGAAGUGACAUCCCAAGGAGGAAGGAAUGCACAGCCCCUGUAUGGGACCACAGGGAGAGCUGUGCUGGGCCUCAAAGCCAGCAGUGCUGUGGGCAGAGGGCACCCAGAGCCCAGGGGAUGCCACAGGUUCCCCCCUGUAAGGGGAGCACGAUGGUUCUGCUGUUGCUAAGCACAGAGCAGAGCCCCUUUUCCAUCCUCCUGCCCCUAACAAACAGCAGGAGCAGCAGAACCAACAGUGCAGGGCUGCCCCAGGGCCUGUGUGCAUCCAUGGCACUUAUCCCAGCUCCCAGCCCAGGCCUUGGCGAUGCCCUUUGCUCCAACCUUCCCCAGGCUCGGGGCAAAGGAAUUUUCCUUUGAAAAAAAAAUAUGAUUUAUGUCUGUUCCACUAUGCUGUAACUCCAAUAAAACUUUGUAAGAUGUGA